CAGUAAGUUGGCUUAAUCCACUGAAUUUGAGCCACUGUCAGCUGAAGAAACGAGACGCGAAUGGAACGAAAGUAGUAGCCCCCUCGGUCUUCUGUCCAGAGAACAUGUUUUUUCUUUCUUUCUUCUUCCAAGCUGAUCUGUAUGAGACACGUCGCGCUCUAUUUCCUAUCCAUAACCGGAGGCAACGACAGCCGUGCUAGUGCCUCACUGAUAGAUCAAGGAGAUAGAGCAUUUGAUGCUUCCACCGCGCUUGAAACUCAUCUCGAAUUCAAGCAUUCCCUCCAGGACGGGCUGAUCAUGGGUAGCACGGGAUGUUAUUCCACAAUUGAACUCACUACACAAAACCCUAAUGAGGCCAAACCCAAUUUGGGACCGUUGCAGAGCAGUCGGUUCAGUUCACGGACAGAUGAGUCGAGGCAGCGACUAUCUGGAGAUACGUCGUGUAACAUCCUCCAGCAUCAAAUCAAUAUUCACCCGUCAAAGUCUAAGUUGAUACACUUGUACCGCUAUGCCUCACCGCUGGAGAAGGCCUUGACAGUCAUUGCAUGCCUCUCGGCAAUCGCUGCAGGGACUGGCUUUCCGCUGCUGGCUCUCGUAUUUGGCAGUGCUUCUGAAUCACUCAAGGACACUGGCUUGGAUGGCAGGGUCGCAGAUUCGUUCCGAUCACGAAUAACAUCAUACGUGUUGGACUACGUCUACCUCGCUAUCGCAGUCUUUUUUCUUAAUUACAUCUCCAUCGGUCUAUUCAUAUACACUGGGGAGAAGCUGACGUUGAGAGCAAAGGAGGAGCACCUGAAGUGCAUGCUUCGACAGAACAUUGGCUUCUUCGAUCAGCUUGGGGCAGGAGAAGUGGCGACGCGGAUUGGCAAGGACUUCAACCUUGUCCAGUCAGCGAUUUCGGAAAAGGUCGGGCUCGUACUUACUGGCACCAGUACUUUCAUCACAGCGGUGUUGAUUGGUUUUACGAAGUCCUGGAAACUCACCCUGAUCUGCCUGAGCACGGUCGUGGCCAUCGUCGUCAUCAUGUGCGUUGGCAGCGUGCUGGUUACCGUCUGGGAGAAGAGGGCGCAGGACGCCCAUGCUGUCAGUGGCUCCAUUGCUGAGGAAAUACUCGGUUCAAUCAGGGAUACUAUUGCGUUUGGGAUGAGAGACAAGAUGGCACAGAAGUAUAGUGCACAUCUCGUCGAGGCGCGUCGCUGGGGAUUUCGCGCAAAGAUUGGGAUUGGCGCCCUUUUUGCCAUUCUCAUGUGUCUUGUAUACAUGAACUCGGGGCUAUGUUUUUGGAUGGGCUCUCGGUUUCUAGUUGCAGGAGAUAUCACGCUUUCAGACAUCCUGACCAUCAUUUUGGCCGUCAUCACGGGGGCGUUCUAUUUAGGGUCAGUUGGGCCGCACGUCCAGGCUAUCAGCGCCGGGGCAGCAGCAGCUUCAAAGAUAUUCUCGGUCAUUGACCGAAAAUCACCAAUAGAUUCAUUGUCGGACCACGGGAUUCGGUUGACUGCUGUUGAAGGAAAUUUGACAUUGAACUGUAUCCAACACAUAUAUCCUUCCCGGCCUGACGUUGUUGUCCUAGACGAUAUUGCCUUGAGCAUCCCCGCCGGGAAAACGACCGCCAUAGUCGGCGCAUCCGGGUCCGGAAAAUCAUCGAUUGUCAAUCUAAUCGAGAGGUUCUACGAACCAGUAAAGGGGUCAGUGGAUCUCGAUGGCCACGACAUACGAGACCUUAAUCUUUCUUGGCUAAGACAGCAAAUCGCUCUGGUCCAACAGGAGCCGGUGCUCUUCCACGGCACGAUCAAGGAAAACAUAUCAUUGGGCCUCAUGCACUCUGCUUUUGCUGUUGCUCCUGAAGAGGUACGCACACAGAGAAUCAUUAAGGCAGCGAAACUCGCGAACGCGCACGAGUUCAUAUCCGAUCUGCCCCAUGGCUAUGACUCCAUGCUCGGAGUUCGCGGUAUGCUGCUGUCCGGUGGGCAAAAACAACGCAUCGCAAUAGCCAGAGCAAUCGUUAGCGACCCCAAGAUCCUCCUUCUGGAUGAGGCAACGUCGGCCAUAGAUUCGAAAUCGGAGGAGGCCGUGCAGAAAGCUAUCAACCAAGCGUCAAGAGGAAGAACAACCGUGGUUAUUGCACAUAGACUAUCCACCGUCAGAAACGCAGACAAUAUUGUCGUUUUGCACCGGGGCCAGAUUGCUGAGCAAGGCACCCACAAUGAACUGAUGGAGCUGCGUGGGUCAUACCACAAGCUGGUAUUAGCCCAGAGUGGUACCCUGGACAGCUCGUCAAUGUCCGGACACGCCAAAUUAGACCUGGCAGAGUCAUUCAACGACGCUCCCGUAUCCGAACCCUCAGAACUUGACAGCCAUUCAAUCAAUGAGAGGUCACGCGAUAUAAAGGAAGAUCAGUACUCACAACCAUACAACAUCUCGAGCGACUUAUCCUUCGUCGCCCAACUCAACUUACCAGAAUGGCCCGUCCUAGCUGCAGGCCUCGCAAUGAGCUCCCUGGCCGGGUUAGCCCAACCUGCCCAGUCUGCCCUGUACGCCAAGGCAAUUAUUGCAUUGGCCAAGCCAUUGACGGAGCAUUCCCAAAUCCGACACGAUGUGAAUAUUCUAGCACUGCUGUACCUUGGCCUAGCAUUGUUACUACUAGUUCUCAAGAUGGGUGAGGGUAUCGCGCUUGGUCUGUGUAGCGAGCGACUAAUCAGCCGCGCGCGGGAGAUGGCAUUUCGAAGCAUGCUAAAGCAGGACAUCAGCUUCUUCGAUAAGACAGAAAACGACGCUGGAUCUUUAACAAGCUUCCUAAGUGCUGAGACGGAGAAUCUCAGGUCCGUUUCGGGAACCACGCUCGGCGUGCUGGUGAGCAGUUUCGCUACCGUAGUCGGGGGUAUUAUUAUCGCCCUUGCGGUGGGAUGGAAACUGACACUUGUUUGUGUAUGCGCUGUGCCAGUGAUCUUAGGAACAGGGAUUCUUCGUUUCAAGAUAUUGGCGGACUUUGGCGAGACGGUGGCGGCGUACAACGCCAAGUCUGCAAGCCUGGCUUGCGAAUACACCAACGCCAUGCGCACUGUUGCGUCUCUGGCAAUGGAGGCGUAUGUCCUAGAUCAGUACGCAGCCCUCCAUCGCGACCAGCUCAGGCAGUCUUGGAAGGCUAAUCUGCGCAACUCCGGGCUCUAUGCUAGCGCGCAAUCGGCGCUAUACCUCGCCAUGGCGCUUGCGUUUUGGUACGGUUCCAGGUUGCUGUUUCGCGGAGAGUAUUCGCGGUUUCAAUUUUUUCUUGUUUUCGCCGAAGUCAUAUUCGGAGUACAAUCUGCCGGAACCCUCGCUAGCUUCGCGGGAGACAUCUCCAAGGGACGUCGGGCGGCGCGAUGGCUGCGCGUGCUGGCGGAUCGAGAACCCAGAAUUAACGAGUCGUAUGAAGGCGACAACAACAACUUGCCUCAGUCGGAAUGGCCUGUUGAAUUCCGCAACGUGAGCUUCAGUUAUCCUUCGAGACCCGGGGCGUUGGCUCUGUGCAACGUCAGCUUUAGCAUCCAACCUGGCCAGUACGCUGCAUUAGUCGGCACGUCAGGCUCCGGAAAAUCCACGAUUAUUUCUCUACUGGAGAGAUUCUACGAUCCCCAACAAGGAAGCAUACUCGUUGGUGGUCGUCAUAUUGCGGACCUUAACCUCCGAGCAUACAGAUCACAGCUGGCACUCGUAGCUCAGGAACCGACCCUGUAUCGUGGUACUAUCAGAGACAAUAUCCUGUACGGGGUGGACGAGAAGAAUAUCAAAGUCGACGAGAAAACAUUGAUACAAGCGUGCAAGGAUGCCAACAUCUAUGAUCUCAUCCUGUCCCUACCGAAGGGAUUCGAUACGGAAGUUGGCAGUCGAGGCCUCCUUCUCUCUGGAGGUCAGAAACAACGCAUAUCAAUUGCACGGGCGCUUCUUCGCAGCCCGAGAAUUCUUCUUCUUGAUGAAGCGACUUCCGCGCUGGAUUCCGAGUCCGAGCGUACCAUACAGAUAGCCCUGGACAAUGCGUCCAAAGGCCGAACCACGAUCGCAAUUGCGCAUAGGCUGAACACAAUUCAACAUGCAGAUGUCAUAUUUGUCUUUGAUAAAGGGCGGCUGGAAGAUAGAGGGACGCACACCGAACUCAUGCAGCGGAGUGGACGGUAUCGAGAGAUGGUAUUGUUACAGAAUCUACCUGGGUAA